GCGACAUGCAACGGUGGCCGCGCGCGUUGCUCGCGCUGCUGUUAUUGCUGUGCGUGCUAGUGUGCGCGGCGGACUGGGAGCUCGUGUUGCUGCACACGAACGAUGUGCACGCGCGCGUCGAGGAGACCAACAAGGACUCGGGCAAGUGCUCGAAGCCCCCCUGCUUCGCCGGCGUCGCGAGGAGGUUCACGAAGGUCAAAGAGCUGCGGAGCGCGGAGAAGAACGUGCUGCUGCUGGACGCGGGGGAUCAGUUUCAGGGCACCGUGUGGUUCAACUACUACAAAGGCGCCGAGGCGGCGCACUUCAUGAAUAAGCUCGGCUACGACGCCAUGGCUCUGGGGAACCAUGAGUUUGAUAAUGGAGUGGAGGGUCUGAUUAAGCCCUUCCUUCAGGAGGUGAACUGCACAGUGCUCAGCGCUAACAUAAAGCCUGAUAACACUCUCGCACCAACGAUAAGUGGAUAUUACUUGGCCUACAAAAUCUUGACUGUCAACUCUGAGAAGGUGGGCAUAGUGGGAUACACCUCGAAGGAGACGCCCGCCCUGUCUCUCCCAGGACCACACCUGCUUUUUGAAGACGAGAUCACGGCCUUGCAGCGUGAGGUGGACAAACUGACCACUCAAGGUGUUAACAAGAUCAUCGCUCUGGGCCACUCUGGAUUCACUGUGGACAAGGAGAUCGCCAAGAAGGUGCGGGGGGUGGACGUGGUCAUCGGAGGACACACCAACACGUUCUUGUACACAGGGACACCUCCAUCCACAGAGGUGCCAGCUGGACCCUAUCCGUUUAUGGUAAAAUCAGAGGAUGGACGUCAGGUCCCAGUGGUGCAGGCCUAUGCCUUUGGGAAAUACCUCGGCUACCUCAAAGUGACCUUCGAUUCGUCUGGAAACCUGAUAAAGGCUGCAGGAAAUCCAAUUCUUCUUGAUAGCUCAGUAAUAGAGGAUCCAGUCAUCAAGGCGGAUGUGGAGUCCUGGAAGGCGAACUUGGCUAAUUACUCAUCUCAGUACGUGGGGAGGACACUGGUUUAUCUCAAUGGAACCUUUGAGGAGUGCCGCUUCCGUGAAUGUAAUCUGGGGAACCUGGUCUGUGAUGCCAUGGUUCAUCACAACAUCAAAUAUCCAGAUGAAGUCCAGUGGAACCAUGUGAGCGCCUGUAUUUUGAAUGGAGGAGGGAUUCGAAGCCCCAUUGAUGAGCGUAAUAGAAAUGGUACCAUCACCAUGGAGGACGUGAUCGGUGUGCUGCCGUUCGGUGGGACGUUUGACCUGGUUCAGCUGAGGGGCUCCUCUCUGUUUAAGGCCUUUGAGCACAGUGUGCACAGAUACGGAGGAAACACUGGAGAAUUCCUGCAGGUCUCAGGGUUUCAGAUUGAGUAUGACCUGUCGAAAUCCCCUGGUCAGCGAGUAAAGAAAGCGAGUAUUCUGUGUACCGAGUGUCGGGUGCCCCGCUACGAGCCUUUGGACUCCAACAAGGUCUAUAAAGUGGUAAUGCCAUCCUAUUUGGUGGACGGGGGCGAUGGAUACUCCUUUAUCAAACAGGAGAUGCUCAAGCAUGACAGCGGUGACCUGGACAUAUCUGUGGUGUCCAGCUACAUCUCAGAGAGAAAGAGAGUUCACCCCACAGUGGAGGGCCGUAUCCUCAUCUUCAACUCUGCCAUCGGACAACCAAGUCCCACCAUGGCUCUCCUGCUGUUUGCGCUGCUAUGGGCACUGUGUAUGAGCCAGUGAGAUUAGCUCUAUCUUUAUCCUCUGGCUAUGUCUGGAUUGUCUGUUCACUACUGAUUUUGACAGUAUAUACUUCAUGACCAUAGAUACCCAGCAGAGGUGCAAGAAUAUUAUUAUAGCUAUGGGGAGUUUAGGCAAAGCCACUGUGUUAGAUCAGCAAAUACUUGCAGAUCCUCCAAUCUGAAAGCUAGAAGAAAUGCUAGAGGGCAAAUAGCAGUUUAACCUCAAGAAUACCAUAGACAUUACUGCAGGACAUAAUUGGAGUGCAGUGGUUACCUUAUGAAACCUCAUGUAAUCACUGAUUGUAACCACUGCACCAUAAUUAUGACACCACUGCAUAAUCAGAAAUGACCUGAAUUGAUAGUAUUCCGAUGACAUCAUAAUCGCACUACCACCCUUUUGGUUGGCAACUCCAAGUUCAUUGCUGUGGCUGUUUGUAGAGAGAUAUCAAAGCCAUAACUGAUCCAGCAAAGGCAGUAAAACGCAUUUUUAAACACCUUUUAAAUUUGUAAAACACAUUAACCAACGUAUUUUAGUGUACUGACUUGAUUUUAUUUGAUUUGUGGUUGUAGUGAUGACAAACAAAAGCUAUAAUCUAAACGGCUGAGAUUUCCUGAUAUGUUAUUGCUCCAAACUGCAUACUAGCACACUAAAUAGUAUGUAAACAACAGCGCGUAUACCAUUAGAAGUGCACUCAUUAGUGUAGUAGGUGAAGUACAGUGUGUGGUUUGGGACGCAGCGUUAGAUCAGCCAGUCAGAUGCAUUCAGCAGCUCCAUUGGCUAAUUAUAGCUUCACUGUGCUGCUUGUUAGCAGCUCAUUACCACUUAAACAUCUCCAAACAAAAACGUUUGAGGUAUUUCUUGAUUAGGGCUCAUUUAUUGAGGUAAACUAAUGCCUUUUUCGAGGUUAACUGAUGUUAGCUUCGUAUUCACCAACUUACGAAAUUCACUCUACAUUCAAGGCACCUUAGUGUAACUGCAGCACCAUUUAAGGUGGAACGGAAAAUUCACAUGAGAAGCUGGCUAAUACAAAGCUGACUUUAGCUUGAUAUAUAUGCAUGAAUUUAUUAUUUAAGAGCUUUGGCAGCUUUGGUGGCCACUUUUAUUAGUUCUUUACAAAAUAUCACGGAUUGGAAUGUUAUGAUCUUCUGCUAAUCUUCUCCUUGUAGCGUUUUCCGGAGAGUGCAUCUAAAGCGUCUGCAUGUCUUUAAAUCUUUUAAAUGGUCAUUUUGGUCUAUUUUGCUUGGUUUUUAUCCACCUGCAGGGUUGUAACUGCACUAAUGGUAAAGAAACGAUCAGAGCACAGUCAGAGUUUCAGCUUGCCUACCAAAAUGGUGACGUGGUCUUUUUAAUGAUGUGAUCAUGAAUUAUGUAAGUGUGGAUUUGCAUUUCAGCAGGUCAGAAACAAGUGGAAUUUUUUAAAACUAUUAUUUUUUAAAAGAUCUGGUGUCUGAAAUCCUGGCCUAGAAGAGAUUACCAUUGUAACUAAAUGUAGGUAUUGCAAUAACAUGGUGAAUGAAAUAACAAUUUAGAAUACUUGUAUGGUUGUCUGGCAGCUAUUUAUUUUCUAUUCCAGUUUUGAGGCAUUAAAUAAGUGGUUGUAUACAGCAAUACGCCAAUGUCUUUCCACAUAAUCAAUAAGACUGUUUUAUUGUUUUUUACUCAUGGGGGGGAUUUUAAAAGGUUAGGCUGGGGAACUGUUGCUCCGCGCUCUGGCUCUGUACCUUCGGGACUUCCUGUAGUCGUUGUUAAACAACAAAAGUGGGACCUUUAGAACUGAACACACAGGAUAGAACAGACACUGAAUGAAGAGUGAAUUCAUUGUAAUGCUGAGCGAACACAGCUCACAGGGUCCCAGACUUUGAGGACAAAGCGUGCUCUGAUUGUUCCUCUGUCACUGCCACCAUCAGUUGAUGGUGGAUCAGGCAUAAUGCUCCUUUGGCUACUUUUUGUUCCCAUUUUGUCACUGUAGCUUCAGUGCAGAUGUCAAAGGAAAAGUUGAAGAUUGGAAGUGAAAAUGUGGGAUAUAUAUAUAUAUAUAUAUAUAUAUAUGUAAACUGUUUAGUUGUGUUUGUAACUUGCUGUUAUUUACUGCUGUUCAAAAGUUUGGAAUCCCUAAUUCCAAUAAUCUAAAGCCGAUUUGAUUUUAACCCUUGUGUGGUGUUGAUGUGUUUGUUGCUCAGUGGUCUGCUGGACCCACCACAUUAUUGUUUUAAAUCAAUACAGCCAGAACAAUUUAUGUAAAAAUACCAGAUGUUUAAAAUAUCACAAGUGGCCAGCGUUUAGCUGCUUUAGCAGCUGUCGCCAGUCAGCAGCUUGUCCAUGUUGUCCACCCUCACACACACACGCACACUCGCACACACUAACAGCAGGCCAUGUAGGAGGAGAACAGAGUGAAGGGACACAGCACCUCCACACCUUCAUCCCCCGUGGAUUCUCCCAACACCACACGUAUAACAUAAAUGUGUGGGGGGUGAACAGUGUGAAGGCACUGAAAAUGGGUUAUUUUAUAUGUUCUUAACAGAAAAUGAGCAAAGACCAAGAAAUCUGGGGUUGAAAUAAUAAUAAAUCACAUCAUUCUUUUCUUUUGCUCAACACUGAAAAUGGGUCCCCCAGACCCCAACACCACACAGGGGUUAAGUAAAUGUAUGAAAUGACGUUUCUAGUCCUGUGCAAUUUCAUAGUUUUGAACUAAUUAGUGAGUAGAAAAAGGAAAUUUUAGAUGAUUCCAGAAUGAUGAACAAAGCUGCUGAUGAUUCUAUGAUGAAAAAAACAUUGAGAAAGAAGUUAUAAAAAAUCAACAUCAGGAAUGCCUUGUAUUUGAAAAGUGGUGAUCAAAUCGUGAGGUAGCUUAGAACUUGCUAAAAACAGAUAUUUCCAAUAUAGAAGGCAGUUUCCAAAGUUUCAGUUAAGUCUUUUAGACUAUAAUUAAGGCAUCAUGGUUAAUUGUAGUGAACUGAAGAUUAUUAAAAAGAGGUAAAAUAUAGUGCUUGAUUUUUAAGAUUUAUAUAUACAUUGUAUAUUAUUGUAAAUAACACAAAUUAUUCAUAUAACUAUUAAUAUACAUGAUUCCAAACUUUUGAGCGAUAGUGUAUUACACAUCACAAGAUGUGGUACAAAAGAUGAAAACAGUGUGCAAAACAAUAACAACCCAGUGCCUUGAUUGUAUCUGUUGGUAUAUUUUAAUCUUUUGAAUGGAUGCCAAGAAUUGGCACCCCCAAAAAAGAGUAAUAAAACCCCCUAUGUACAAAAAAAGUGUCUGCUGAUUGUUUAACCAUCCACUGUGAUCUUGAGGGCACCUAUGUUUUGUAAAAAUAUUGAAGUUUUUAGACAUGUUGUAGUCAGUUAACCACAGUGACUAACAGUGAGCAAGUGCUGACUUUCAGCAGUCAUGUUUACUCAUGUUGACAAUCCAUCACUGUUAACCACGCCUGC